AACAAAAAAAAAAAAAUAAAGGAAAAGGAGAUAAACAAAAUUAGGACGAGAGAUUUUAUAGAGGUGUGCGAUUAAUUCGGUUAUAACAAUCUCUUUUUUUUUUUCCUUUCAUUUUUUCUCCCUAUUUUUCUUUUCUACAUUCUACGUCCUUGAAGAGAGAAAAGAAUAGGGAAAAGAAAUAGAAAAAUUGAUUUUCUCGAUUUUCAAAUUUCCCGCCAGUGAAUUUGUCUCUUUAAUCAUUCCAUAUAUAUAAACACACGCAUAUAUAUAUAUAUGUAUGUAUAUACAGACACAUAAAUAUUUGUAUAUACAUAUUUAAAGAGAAACGAGAAAAAAGAAAGAGAAAUAGAAAAAGAAAGAAAGAAAGAAGUAGAAGUAGAAGUAGAAGUAAAAAUAGAAUGGUUCGAUUAUUAAUCAGCUAAUUCGUUAUAGCGAGCGAGUAACUUAUUCGAUUUUACCGCGCGCGCUCAGUGACGUAUCUACGAGAUUAAAAAGCUUCGUAUAUCGAAUAACGAAAAUAUAACGAAAGAAGACAGUUACAAAGAGAUAAAUAAAUAGAUAAAUAGAUAGAUCGACGGAAAGAAAGAAAGAAAGAAAGAAAGAAAGAAAGCGGUGUGAAGAAAAAGACAAGAACAAUAUCAAAAGUAGUUCGAUUUGGAAAAGUAUGUUGAAGAGAAGGGGAGCAUCGAACAAAAUGAAAAAUCCGGAACACGAAAGUGGUUAUUUCGAAGAUGGAAGUGAUGGGAGCGACGUUGAGGUUAACGUUGAGGAAACGAUAGUAGAUGAAGACAGGAAAUGCGGUUCUGCUUGUUACGGCCUUACCAAGGCCAUCCACAGCCUCGACGUCAGGGACUCUCAUGAACACCUUGCCAAUGGCUACGAAGACCGAUCGAACGGGGUGAAUCUCGAAGACAGUGGUGGUCAAAGAGUGGAUAUGUCUCAUUUCGACUUAUUGAAGGUCUUGGGUACGGGAGCUUACGGUAAAGUGUUUCUGGUACGAAAAAGAAUGGGAACCGAUGCUGGUCGUCUUUAUGCCAUGAAGGUUUUGAAAAAAGCCUCGAUUGUACAAAAGAAAAAAACAACGGAACAUACGAAGACCGAGAGACAAGUUCUCGAAGCUGUUAGGGACAGUCCUUUUUUAGUGACGCUCCAUUAUGCUUUUCAAACUGACGCCAAAUUACAUUUAAUUUUAGAUUAUGUUAGCGGAGGCGAAUUGUUUACUCAUUUAUAUCAACGAGAACAUUUUACCGAAGACGAAGUAAGGAUUUAUAUCGGCGAAGUAAUUUUGGCUUUGGAACGUUUGCACAAGUUGGGUAUCAUAUACAGAGACAUCAAACUAGAGAAUAUACUACUCGAUAGAGAAGGACAUAUAGUCCUUACAGAUUUUGGAUUGAGUAAAGAAUUCUUACCGCAUGAAAGAGAUAGCAACGCACGAGCAUAUUCGUUUUGCGGUACUAUCGAGUACAUGGCACCGGAAGUGGUACGAGGGGGCUCCGCAGGCCACGAUAUUGCUGUGGAUUGGUGGAGUGUAGGCGUGCUAACUUACGAGCUUCUCACUGGCGCCUCUCCUUUUACGGUCGAGGGAGAGAAAAAUACCCAGCAGGAGAUCUCAAGGAGAAUAUUAAAGACCGAGCCACCGAUACCCAGUCAUCUUAAUCCAACAGUAAGAAACUUUAUCUCGCGUUUGUUGGUGAAGGAUCCACGUCAAAGACUGGGUGGUGGACCACGUGACGCCAAGGAACUGAAAGAACAUCCAUUCUUUAAAAAAGCACCGCCACCUUUCACUUGGGAUGCUUUAGAAAAACGACAAAUCGCUCCACCGUUCGUGCCACGUAUCACGCACGAACUUGAUACCAGUAAUUUCUCGGACGAAUUUACAAAAAUGGUUGCCGCUGACAGUCCGGCAGUUGUACCACCUAAUCACGACAAAAUCUUUCGAGGCUAUUCUUACGUGGCACCAUCGAUAUUAUUCAGCGAGAACGUAGUAAGCAGAGAUAUCUUCUUAGAGGAAACAGAAGCUACAACCGAUUCUCAAAGGCCAUCAGCAUCGGACGUUCUAGCAGCACGUUUCGAAGAGUCAACGUUCUUUCAAACGUACGAGCUUGAUCUACGAGAGGAAGCAUUAGGUGAUGGAAGUUUUUCGGUAUGUCGUAAAUGUCGGCAUAGAAAAACAGCCCAGGAAUUUGCUGUGAAGAUCGUUAGUAGACGCAUGGAUUGUGGUAGAGAAGCUAGCUUGCUACGUAGUUGCCAAGGCCAUCCAAACGUUGUCAAGUUGCUCGAAGUACAUCAAGAUAGAGCGCAUACAUAUCUAGUGAUGGAGUUACUCUCUGGAGGUGAAUUGUUAAGAAGACCAAGGCCGUUCACCGAGCAACAGGCAAGUCGUGUGAUGAGGCAAUUGGCGUCCGCGGUACGUUUCAUGCACGCUCGUGGCGUUGUUCAUCGAGAUCUUAAACCAGAAAAUAUUGUCUUCGUUCACGAAGGCGAGGACUCGCCAGUGAAGAUUGUUGAUUUUGGUUUCGCUAGGAUAAAACGUGGUUGCGAGCCACUUCACACGCCUUGUUUUACGCUUCCUUAUGCAGCGCCGGAGGUUAUCGCCAGACAGGGAUACGAUCAGAGUUGCGAUUUAUGGAGUUUAGGUGCAAUUUUGUAUUCCAUAUUAUUCCGUAACACAUUAUUUGUCAGUGGCUCGCCAGAUCUAGCUUCUCGCAUAAGAUCUGGCGAGAUUAAUUUCGACUCUAACAAUUGGUGUCAUAUAUCACCGUUAGCCAAGCAAGUGGUAAAAGGUUUAUUAACGGUCGAUCCGAACAAAAGACUCACCGCUAUGGCCCUUGCCAAUCAUCCUUGGUUAAUGGAGUCAACCAAUAUGACCGAUCCGAAUGUUUCGGACAAUACUUCCACGUAUCCUCCUACAUCAUCAUCAGACAAACUCGAAGGUUUUCGUUUACGAGAAGUUGAUGGAGCUAAGUUAGCUCAAAGACGUAAAUUACACAAACGAUCGACGUCUAGUUCGGUAUCCUCUUCGGCAUCUACAACUUCCUCGACUCUUUCAGUUCCAUUGGUGCGACCAUCCAGCACGAGCACCAACGUAACUACUUCUGCAUCACCGGCUCAACCUAUUGCUUUUGACUUUGGAGAGGAGAAAGUUAACGAAUAUCUGAGUUCAUUGUCGUCUUCCUCCGAUUCCAAUUCUCCAAAAAUAAAUAAUCAUCGACACCUAGAAGGAAAGUCGAAACGACGCAAACGCGACAUGACCGAUGACGAUCCGUAUCAACAGGGAUGUUCUAAAACUAAACGACACAAGAGACACAACGACCUUGACGGCGAAUCAUCCUAUCAGAGUAAUAGCAGUAGCAAUAGAAAUGGACCGGUUACAAGAUCAAGGAAACGAAAAUUAGAACAAAAUGUAUGCAAUUCAGACAGCUCGAUGGAAUCUUGUGGAUCCUCCUCUUAUACCGACAAGAAAGACGUUAAUGUUCAUAGAAAACAAAAAGCUGGUAAACGGCCCAAACGCUUUACUACGAUCACAGUGGAGUAAUGUUUCCUAUAUCGUGUCUCGGCGGUAGUCUUAUUCUCACUUAGUUUCCUAUGCAUUUUACAAUAAAGUAAUAGUGCGCUGCCUUUUGGGAAUUACGUACAAGAUAUUAUAAAUGUUACAUCAUUCCUAAUGCGUGAGAGACAGGUCUUUUAGACUAUUGUACAUAUGUUUCAUUUUAUGCCAUGUUUUUUAGAAUAACCAGAGAAAAUAUACGUUCUUGCUAAGGAUUUUGUAUAAAAAAGAUUGAAAAGGGGAAAGGGGGAUAUUAUCGUUGUAUCUUUACGGUCAGGGUCAAAUCAUUUCGUUUCUAUUAGAUUAUUAACACCAUAGUUAUCAGAUUCCUGCUGUUUUUAUUAUUUCGAUAUAAAUAUUAGCAAAAAAACAAUAUAAAAUAUUUUCCUUUCUUUCUCUUUUUUUUUUUGUGAAUGUGUGUAAUCUUUUUUUGUUUCUCUCUUUUUUUUUUUUUUUGUGUUUAAUCACGUUUCGCUUGUCUGUGAUCAGCGAAAAGUCGACUAUCCAUUAUAAGUUGUUAGGAUAGAUACGUAGUAAAUGUGCCUCAAUAAAAUGUCCAUUUCCUAUGAAUGCAUCGAGUGAAGCGUCGAAUGUAUUGGAAGAUAACAUUGAGUAUGUUUUGACAUGUUCUCCACGAGGUUAAAACAAUAUCGAUCGAUAUUAUCUUAUUUUCUAUAUAAAUGUUUGUUUGUUGAAUGGGAGGAAAACCUUCAUCCUCGAUUUAAUAACUUUAAACAUUCAAUUUUCAUGCUAAAUAAUAAGAGAUCAAUUAAAUGUUAAAGGUGAUUUUCUUAGAACUGUUGGGACAUUGCAAAGGAAAUGAUGAAAUAAAUAAUUUGUAUCGAAGUAUUUUCGAACAAAAGAAGUUAUGAUCCAAUGGAUCAUUCACGAUUAAUGAUAUUUGUAUCGCUUACAUACAUGUACAUCUUUUUGGUACUUUAUUUCUAUUAUCAUAUCUGUGUUUGUUUUCUUCUCAAUUUAACAUUACUUAAUGAGACGUUUACAAAUUAGAUGAGGGGUUCGUCAUGAAAAGAUAAUCUUGUAUGUUUAAUCGGACACAAGAGUGAGUAUAUUUAAUUAUAAAUUAAUACUUCGCACCAUUAUUCAAAGUUAUGCUGGUUAAUGCAAAGAGAUACAAUGUAUUUCUUAAAAAAAAAAAAAAAAAAAAAAAAAAGGAAAAAGAAAAAAAAAGGAAAAAAAAAGAAAGAAAAAAGAAAAAAAAAGAAAGAAAGAAAAAACAGAAAAAAAAAGAAGAGAACCGAGCAAAGUACUUGAUUUAGCAAAUUUUGCGUUUAUACAUUUUGUGAUUUUGGUACAAGUAUGUAAUUUUCCUUAUUUAAAACUAAUAAAAAGAAAGAGGGAUUUCUUUUUUUGUUUGUAUAUAUAGUCAUGUUGGUUUACUCUAUAUUAUAUUCUUUACGCAUAGUUUUCCAUAUAUACAAGGUAUUAUUGAAAUUGCCUUUAGAUAACGACUGUUUUACCUGAUGUGUGGUAAUUGCUGUGAAAGAUGAAGUAAUAAAUGGCAAAGACUGAAAAGGUUGUAUACCAACUCAGGGAACAGACAUGCUAACGAAAAACGUCUUGUGUUUUUGAUUCGAAAUAGUUACAAUUGAAAUUCUAUGGACGUUACUACCAAAGACGACUGAAGCAACACUGCUCUAUAAGACCAAAAAGAACUGUAUGUAACAUUGAAAUGGAGUUAUGUAUAUACACUAAUUACUACCGAAUUGUGUAAUUUCACAAUAUUAUAGAUAUUAAUUAUAAAUAUAUAUAUAUAUAUAUAUAUAUAUAUAUAUAUAUAAGAAAAAGAAAAAAUUAUAUAUUUACUAUAUAACAUUGUAUUAGAGAAUAAUAUUAAAUAAGAAGAUAUAUAUAUAUAUAUAUUUCUAUUUAGGAUUGUAAAAGUCAUUAAAUAUUGUAAGUUUAAUCGGUUAUCCAGAAGUAAUGUAACAUAAUAAAUGAUGCGUUACAUUUAUUAUGUUACAAUAGUGGAAGCAGAUUCUCUUUUUCUAGUGAUAUCUAAUUGUUGCGAUAUAAGAAAUAAAAUCCUUCAAGAGCAUAUAUUAUGUGUAUAUAUAUAUGUAUACAUACAAACAUAUGUAUAUAUACAUAUAUAUAUAUAUCAUAUAUAUAUACCACAUAUAUUAUAUACGACGUUAUAUACAAAUUCAAGCUUGUAUCAUACGAUAAAGAGUGCUGUUCUGUUGCGAUAAAUACAUACAAGAGACACCUACCUUUGUUACUACUGGUUGUUAAAUAUAUCAUGAUACAAUAUUUAUUUAUAUAAUGUA